CAUCCUGUUUGCAGUUGAGACAAGCUUUUUCCAGCAGCUGCUUUUCCUCCAAUCCCCUCAGGAGAAUCGGAGCCAGCUAGCAUGGCCCUCGGGGUGCUGUUUUUACUGGUGGCAUUUACUCAAGACAGCUUUUCUGCUUCAAAUAACACAAGCACACCCAGUCCCCUGGAGACAUCGACGACAGUUACAUCCAUUACAGCAGCUCUAACAGUCUCAGAUACAACCCCGAGUAGAGCAAAUGUCACCUCAAAAGCAGCCAGCUCACCUAUGCCCCAAUCCACCGGAGCCAUAAGCAGCACCACAAAAACAAAUGACUCGACCACCAACUGGAGCCCCGUGACUUCUCCUACUGGAUCCAAAGAGCCUCUCACUACCCACAUGGCUGAGUCCAUCAACGGCAGCACUCAGGCAGGACAAUUUAGCCCUAAAGUGGCAUAUUCAACAAAACCAGGCCUGGUGGUCGUGAUCUGCCUCUUUGUCGUUGUCCUAGUCAUUGUGGCCGUUGUGAUCCUAAUAAAAUCCUGCCGUCCGAAGGAACCAGCCUUUCAGAAGUUGGACGAGGUGCCAAUGGGAAAAGUUGCAGAAGGUUCUCCAUUUGCCCGAUAUCCACCGAAAUAACCAAGCAGACCUUUUCCAGCUCAUCUUCUGGGCUCUUGCUCCAUGGAUAUUUCAAGCAAGCAUCAAGAAUGUCUACUCCCCCACAAGAGACUUUGUGUGUGAAAUAAACUUGUUCUAGU